GCGCGGCAUCGCAGUGUGGCCAUGGCGGAGCGGCAGACGCGCCACGCAUCGAACCAUCCACGUUAUAUUUCCAGCUCGAUCGAAGUGACAGAGUUGACGGAGUAUUUACACGAAGGAAACGACUUGACGGCCGCGAGCGUCCUGCACAUCAGUGAGCACUGUGAUGGCGACGGCGAUGGGUACUGCUUGGACGCCACCGAGAUUCGCAUCAAAUCCAGCGCCGCCCGGGCGUCUGCCGGCAGCGGAGACAGCGAGGACGACCUAUGGUUCGAGGAGUCCAUCCGGGCCACGGCGCUGCAGGUGUUCGUGCCGUUCCUGGCAGCCGGCUUCGGCACGGUGGGCGCGGGCCUGUUGCUCGACAUGGUGCAGCACUGGCCCGUCUUCCAGAACGUCACAGAGCUGUUCAUCCUGGUGCCUGCGCUUCUGGGACUCAAGGGAAACCUCGAGAUGACCAUGGCGGCUCGUAUGUCCACACAGGCCAACUUGGGCAACAUGGACACGCUGCGCGAGCAGUGGAAGUCGGCAAGCGGCAACAUGGCGCUGGUGCAGUGCCAGGCUACGGUGGUGUCGCUGCUGGCGUCGCUGUUCGCCGUCAUGAUGGGCUUCAUCACGGAGCGCCACUUCGAAUUGCGAAACGCGCUCAUGCUGUGCGCCAGCAGCCUGGUGACGGCGAGUGUUGCCAGCCUGGUGCUCGGUUCCGUCAUGAUCGGCGUCGUCAUCCUGUCGCGCAAGCACCACAUCAACCCGGACAACGUGGCCAUUCCCGUGGCCGCUUCGCUCGGUGACCUGACGACGCUGGCGCUGCUCGCGGGCGCCGGAUCGCUGCUUUUCGGCGGCACCGAAGACGUGCGCCUCUACCUGUGCGUGGUCAUUUUUUUCCUGCUGUUCAUCCCGCUCUGGGUGCUCAUCGCGCGCAGCAACACCUACACAUCGUCCGUGCUGUGGAGUGGUUGGAUACCCAUCAUCUCGGCGAUGGCCAUCUCCAGCCUCGGGGGUUCCAUACUGGACAUGACGGUGCCGACCUUCGAGAAUCUGGCCGUUUUCCAGCCAGUCAUCAGCGGUGUGGCGGGGAACCUGGUGGCGAUCCAGACGAGCCGUCUGUCCACUUACCUGCACCAGCGCACCAAGAUCGGCGCUCGCCCGAUCGAGGCCGGAGGCGGCAUCUGCCUCGACCCCUGCUCGGCCUUCUUCGGCAAAGGUCGCAACGCGCGCGCCGCCCGCGUCCUCAUGAUGAUGGUCCUCCCUGGUCACCUGGUCUUCACCUACACCAUCAGCUUCGUGCGGCCCAGCCGCAUGGCCGUCACGCCCGUGUUCCUGCUCGUCUAUUUCUCGUCGGCGCUGCUUCAGGUUUUCCUGCUGCUGUACCUGUCGCGAUGCAUGGUGUACUGGAUGUGGGCCCGCCAGAUCGACCCUGACAACGCCGCGAUUCCGUACUUGACGGCGCUCGGAGAUCUGCUGGGCAUCGGCCUGCUCGCUCUCUCCUUUCACCUGCUGCGUGCUUUGGGAGACGUCAACGCCAUGCCGCAGCAGCUCGCGGACGUGGAAUUUUCGACGGAGCCCACCGAUGCAGCACUGGCAGUGGACGGUGGCUGAUGCGGCACGGUCUUGUGGACCCUGUCUCGAACUCAGUGGAGUAACGCUUGCUCUCGGACUUCGCCGGUGACACAUAAUCGAAUCUCGGCCCUAGAAUUUACCCGUUCCGAGUUGACUAUAUUCAGGCAAGAUAUACGGAGAGUGGACAUCUUUGGUAAGUGUCUUGGCAGAUGGGCGUGCGGAAUUAGUAGACGAACAAAGGUAACAGCGUGAAACAGGACAACCAAGCAAUCGCCUGAAUGCAGUGCAACUUACCGUGUAAACGUGAAACACUCCGAACAUAAUCUCCUUGUGGAAUAUUCUCAAUUCAGUUGUAAAGGGAGAAAUGCGAUUCGGACAAGGCUUGUGAGAACCUAUAUCAGGAUCAUGUAGGUGGCAGAGCUGUAUUGCGAUGCCAGCUGGUGAACAUGGUUACCAAGCAUUGGAACGAAGUAUUUCCAUUCUAUGAAAGUAAUUUCGUUUUCUUUCAGUAUUUCCCAUCUCUGCCUAUAUAGUCAGAAACUUUAGGUUUACCUUGUCUACGCAGAAAUUUGACCAUCUUGAAAAAUGAGAAACUGUUACUGAAGUAUUGUCAAAUAAUUAUUCGUACGAGCUUUUCCGAACCGUUUCUGUGUGGAUCCGGUAAGUCUGUUUCUAUAGGAAUACCUCACAGUAAUUUUUUGUGCUAUACUCGCAGUCGACUGGAUGUUCUAUUUGCGAGAUGAAAUGGUUUUCUUUUUAUUUCACACGAUCAUACUGUCGCUGAUAAAUGCAUCUUUAUUCUUGCAAAGUAUGGCGGGAACUGCCUAGGUCUGUUGAAUAAAGAGCAGGAAACGUAUCCUCAUCCGUUUCUUGAAGAUUAAACUAAAGAAAUGGUCGCACUUUGUUGAU